AUGCCUUUCUGCAUGGCAAUCUUGAUGAAACAGUCUACAUGCACCAAGUUCCGGGAUAUCGGACCCAGCUCACCCAGAUUAUGUAUCCCUUCUGAAAAAGUCGUUGUACGGCUUGAAACAAGCACCUCGAGCUUGGUAUCAGCGUUUUGCAGACUAUGUCUCUUCUAUUGGCUUCAUCAACAGCAGAUCAGAUCAUUCUCUUUUUGUCUAUCGUCGGGGAACGAUAUGGCAUAUAUUCUGCUCUAUGUAGAUGACAUCAUCUUAGCCACUUCUUCCGACACUCUUCGGAAAUCCAUUAUGUCUCUACUCUUUUCUGAGUUCGCAAUGAAGGAUUUGGGUCCUUUGAGUUAUUUUUUGGGCAUUGCUGUUACACGUCACUCGGGUGGCCUCUUCCUAUCUCAGAAACAUUAUGCCACAGAAACCAUUGAACGUGCAGGCAUGGCUUCCUGCAAACCUUUUCCUACACCAGUUGACACCAAGGCCAAGCUCAGCGCCUCCACUGGCUCUCCUACUGAUGAUCCGUCUCUCCAUCGCAGCCUUGCUGGUGCACUACAGUAUCUCACAUUCACGAGACCAGACAUAUCCUAUGCCGUUCAACAAAUAUGUCUAUUCAUGCAUGAUCCACGGCAUGAGCACAUGAAUGCUCUCAAGCAUGUGAUACGGUACAUCCAAGGUACCAUUGACCUUGGUUUGCAUUUGUACCCCUCUUCGGUUUCAUCUCUCAUUUCUUACACCGAUGUUGAUUGGGGUGGGUGUCCUGAUACGAGACGGACGACUUCUGGAUACUGUGUAUUUUUGGGUGACAAUCUAAUCUCUUGGUCGUCCAAACGACAACCUACACUUUCUCAGUCGAGUGAGGAGGCCGAAUACAGAGGUGUUGCGAAUGUCGUGUCUGAAUCUUGUUGGAUUCGAAACUUACUACUGGAACUUCUUUGUCCAAUUAGUAAGGCUAUAUUGGUCUAUUGCGAUAAUAAAUUCGUGAAGAAGGAGAAGAAGAGCGGAACCGGGUUGGCGGCGUUCCUGAUGGACGGCGAUACUGGCGCGGCGAUACUGGCGCGGCGAUACACGGGUAUACAUAAUAUUGGAAAUAAAAAUGUUGGAAUUCCUUGUGAGAAACAUAAAAGAAAAUGA